UAAGGUAGUGAAAUUGUUAUUAGCCUACUCGGAUACCCUGAUGCGCACCCUCAUUGUGUUUGUUGCUGCUAUAGGGGGGUUCUCGUCUGUUCUGGACAUCUCGUGGGAUUCAUGUGGAGAUAAAUCGAAGGAAAACAUUUCUGCGGGACGAUUCAUUACUUAAACCAGGGGAGGAGUCUGGGAAUUACAGAAUGUUCAAGGCGGUCCUGAAGAUGAACAGAGAUGGCAGAGGAAAGGGGAGCAAGACAGAGACACCUGGUGAAUCAUACGCCCACAGUGGCCAUCACCAGCACCCGCCUGGGGGGGCUGCCAACCUCCUGAAGCUGGGCAGUGCCCACUCCUACACCCCAGUGGAUGCAUUCUGCCAGAGUCUGACCAGGGGCGUGUCCAUGUCUGUGCCCUGCUCACCGCAGCUGCCCCGCCCAUGUCACAUGACACCCUCUCACUCCAGCCAAAGGUCCCCAGGUCCAGUCAGGAAGCCCAAGUAUGUGGACAGCCCUGGUGCUCCUAAGGAUGGCGUUCGCUCAGCGCUGAGGAAGGCUGACAGCAAGGUGUCGUCCCGGAAUGGGCCGCCGGCAGAGAAGGACCCAGGCCCCUCCCCCGCCUCGCAGGAGCUGAUGACAAGGCUGGGCUUCUUGCUCGGAGAAGGCAUCCCACGAUCGGCUCGCAUACCAAUGGAAGACAAGAAUGAAAAGAAGUGUCUAAUAACCAGCCAGGGAAUCAGCCCUUGCUCCACAUUGACCAACAGCACCGCCUCCCCCACCGCAGACAGCCCCUGCUCCACCCUAAACAGCAGCGCCGCCUGCCCCCCUCUCGGCCGCUCCAGCCCGUGCGGCACCGUCACCAGUCCCGGCUCCACCCUCGAGAGCAGAGACAGCGGGAUCAUCGCCACAGUCACCAGCUCCUCUGAGAAUGACGAGCGCGGCGGCUCCAGCCUGGAGCGGAGCAGGGAUGGCGGCUUGAGCGACCGUCGGCGCCAUGGCCCGGCGCACGCCUCGCGGACAGAAGCCUGCUCCCCCGUCGCCGAGGAGGACCCCCCGGGGCCCGCGGAGCUGCCGCCCGGUGGGGUAGACGCCGCGCCCGAAAUGGCGCAUUCCCCGACGGAGGGGCCCCUCCCCUACGCCACGCACAACUCUUCAGGCCUCGCGAUGCCGCGCCCUAACUCCGUUGCGGCCACUAGCUGCACCAAGCUGGAAGACCUGAGCUACCUUGAUGAGCAGCGCAGCGCUCCCCUGCGGAUGUCCGUUCGGCUGCCCUGGCACGGCACGGGGAAAAGGGCUCCGCCCAACUCCAAAGCCUGGUUUGCGCCCUACAAGACGCCUGACAUCAUGCUGAAGCCCCUGCUGUUCGAGGUCCCCAGCAUCACCACCGACUCGGUGUUCGUGGGGCGCGACUGGCUCUUCCAAGCGCUGGAGGACGCCCUGAGCAGGGGCGAGUCUGACAAGAACCGCGGCGCCGUCGUCGUGGGAAAAGUGGGCUUCGGCAAGACGGCCGUCAUCUCCCGACUCGUGGCCCUCAGCUGCCACGGCAACAGGAUGCGGCAGAUCGCGUCCAGCAGUCCCAACGCGUCUCCGAAAAGUGGAGGUGCUAACAUGGACCUGCCCCUCAGCCACCCUCCUCAGGCCACACUGAGUGUCACUAACACCCCAUCGAGUGGCAGCUGUCCUGGGACGCCCGAAAUUCAGAGACACAGAAAAGAGGCAGUCCAAAGCCUUGCUGCCAAGGUGGUGGCGUACCACUACUGUCAGGCAGACAACACCUACACCUGCCUGGUGCCGGAGCUGGUGCACAGCGUCGCCGCCCUGCUGUGCAGAGCUCGGCAGCUGGCUGCCUACAGGGAGCUGCUGCUGAAGGAGCCGCACCUACAGAGCAUGCUCAGUCUUCGCUCCUGCGUGCAGGACCCCGCGGGAGCGUUCUGGAGGGGUGUGCUGGAGCCGCUGCUCACCCUCCACAAAGAGGGGAAGAUUCCAGAAGAAGACCACAUAAUUCUGAUUGACGGGCUGAACGAGGCUGAGUUCCAUAAGCCAGACUAUGGAGACACCAUUGCCUCCUUCAUCACCAAAAUCAUCUCCAAGUUUCCUGUCUGGCUGAAACUCAUAGUCACAGUGCGGGUCAAUCUUAUGGAGAUCACCAGCCUGCUGCCAUUUUCCAAGAUAUCUCUGGAUGACUUCCCGGACAACCAGGAUAUCGAGAAGGACCUCAAAGCUUACGUCCAGCAUCGAGUUGACAACAGCAAGGAGAUCAUGACCAACAUCUCGCUCAAUGGCAAGGCCGACGACACCGCCGUCAACAACCUGAGUAGUCACCUGGUUGCACACAGCCUGGGAUCCUACCUGUACCUGAAGCUGACCCUGGACCUGUUUGAGAAGGGUCACCUGGUCAUCAAGAGCGACAGCUACAAGGGUGUGCCCGUCUCGUUGGCCGAGCUCUACCUGCUGCAGUGCAACAUCAUGUUUGACGCCAACUCCUCCUUCGAGCGCAUGAUGCCCAUCCUUAACGUGGCGCUGGCGUCGCUGCACCCGCUGACAGACGAGCAGCUCUACCAGGCCGUCAACGCGGGGCGGGUGAAGGGGGAGCUGGAGUGGGAGGACUUCCAGCAGCGGAUGGAGACCCUUUCCUGCUUCCUGAUUCGAAGGCGGGACAACAGCCGCAUGUUCUGCCACCCCUCCUUCCGCGAAUGGCUGGUGUGGAGGGCGGAUGGCGAGAGCAUGGACUUCCUUUGUGACCCCAGGAGUGGCCACGCCCUCACGGCCUUCAUGCUGUCCCGGAGAGAGGGGAAGUUGAACCGUCAACAAACCAUGGAACUUGGCCAUCAUAUCCUGAAAGCACAUAUUUUCAAGGGUCAGAGCAAGAAGACGGGCGUGUCGUCCAGCAUUCUGCAGGCUCUGUGGAUCAGCUCCAGCACUGACGGCCUGUCGGCUGCCCUGGCCUCCCUGAGGAACCUGUACACGCCCAACAUCAAGGUGAGCCGUCUGCUGCUGCUGGGCGGCGCGAGCGCCAACUACCGCACGGAGGCCCUGAACAACGCGCCGGUGCUGUGCGUGCAGUGCCACCUGGGCCACCAGGAGAUGGCGGCCCUGCUGCUGGACUUCGGGGCCGCCGUGGAGGGGGCCUCGGAGCACGGGAUGAGCCCGCUCUGCUUCGCCGCCGCCGCCGGUCACCUCGGCCUGGUCAGCCUGCUGUGCAAGAGGGGAGCCAAGGCUGACCAUGUGGAUAAGACCGGUCAGUGUGCCCUGGUCCAUGCUGCCCUCAGGGGACACCCUGACAUUGUGCGCUUCCUGCUGGAGCAGGAGUGGGCCCCCGAGGGCCGGCUGCAGGACUGUGAUCGGAAGAACAAGGCCCUGCAGCAGGCUCUCAUCGCUGCCUCCAGCAUGGGUCACACACAGGUUGUGAGAAGCUUGCUGGCGUUGAAUAAUGAGCACAUGGUGCAGAUUGACGGUUAUGACUCCCUGUGGGGUGAGACAGCUCUGACAGCAGCUGCAGGCCGAGGGAAGCUGGACGUGUGCAGGUUCCUUUUGGAGCAGGGAGCCGGGGUGCAGCAGGUCAACCGAAGAGGAGUCUCCCCAAUAUUCAGUGCUGUGAGGCAGGGCCAAGGCCAGAUUACAGAGUUGCUGCUGCAGCACGGUGCGGAUGUUAACACAAGCGAUAAGCAGGGACGCACUCUUCUGAUGGUGGCAGCCUGCGAGGGACACCUGAACGCUGCGGAGUUCCUGGUCUCCAAGGGUGCCGAGUUAACUUCUGUGGAUAAGGAGGGAUUGACACCUUUAAGCUGGGCGUGCUUGAAAGGACACAAGAAUGUGGUGCAGUACCUGGUGGAGAAGGGCACGGUCAUAAAUCACACGGACAAGAACGGACGCACUCCGCUGGACUUGGCCGCAUUCUACGGUGACGCUGAGAUCGUCCAGUAUCUGGUGGAGAGAGGUGCCGUGAUCGAGCACGUGGACUACAGCGGGAUGAGGCCGCUGGACCGGGCCAUUGGCUGCCGGAACACAUCGGUGGUGGUGACUCUGCUGAAAAAGGGGGCCAAGCUGGGCUACAGAACAUCUCCCUAUGAUCGAUCAGGGAAUGCUGCCUGGGCAAUGGCCACAUCCAAGCCAGACAUUCUCAUCAUCCUCCUGCAGAAGCUUAUGGAGGAAGGCAACCUUCUGUAUAAGAAGGGGAAAAUGAAGGAGGCGGCCCAAAGGUACCAGUAUGCCCUGAGGAAGUUCCCCAGGGAAGGGUUUGGGGAUGACCUGAAGGCCUUCAGAGAGCUGCGAGUCUCACUGUACCUCAACCUCUCCCGAUGCCGCAGGAAAACCAACGACUUCGGCAUGGCCGAAGAGUUUGCAACAAAGGCCCUCGAGCUGAAACCAAAAUCAUACGAGGCCUACUACGCCAGAGCCAGAGCGAAAAGGAGCAGCAGGCAGUUUGCGGCUGCGCUGGCCGACUUGCAUGAGGCGGCCAAACUCUGCCCGACCAACCGGGAGAUCCGACGGCUGCUGGCGCGGGUGGAGGAAGAGUGCAAGCAGCUGCAUCAAGCCCAGCAGAAACAGCAGGGCGCGCCAGGCCAUGACCUGGACUGCGAGGAAAGGGAGGGGGUUCCCAGCGACCAGGACAAAGAAAGUGAGGACCAGCCGGAGACAAAGGACGCGGGUGAGGAAGAUCUCUCACAGCAGGACAAGCAAGAGCCCUGGCAGCCGGACGUCUAUGCCCUGAACCAGACGCUUGAAGACGUGGUGGACCCCUCCCAACAGAACCCAAGGCCAGAGUCGCCUCCUGACGGACUGAGCCACCAGUACCCUCGAGAGCCUCUGGUCUUCCAGCCCAGUAGGCAGGCCCAAAGCAUCAAAAGCACAGUUGCUUUUCACACGGAAAGCAACUCCCAGAAAUCCGAAGCGAAGCCAGGGAGCAAGCCCCAGUAUGGUCCCUCAAGCCCUCUCCCAAGCAGACACAUCUCCUGCAUUCUCAAGCCGGGCCCGGGCAUCGACAUCGGCCCGCUGCUACUCAAAGACUCAGAACCCAACCCUGGUGAGCACCUGACCACUGCAGUCCACCACUGCGACACAGGGGACCAGCUCCCCUCUCAGCCUGUCCAGCCCUACAGCACAGCUAGCACAACCAAGAUGGCCGCAGACAGGCUCUCAGCCCAUUCGGCAUCCUCCUUAGAUGCCCUGGCAGGGGGAGGAGCCCAGGAGACGAGGAAGGAGUCGCUGGCCAGCAGCAUCUCCACAGCUGGGUCCCACAGCAGCAGCAUGAAGGUGUCCAGCUCCACCAGCAGCUUGGGCUCCACCGGCAGCCUCUCCGACGGCAGCAAGCCGCAAGGCCCGGACGUGCGCACCAAGACCGCUCCAGACAGGGCCAAGCAGGUCCAGGGUGGGGCCGGCGAGUACAAGCCCCGCCCCUUCAUGGGGGUCACGGACAAGACAGCGCGAUUCCAACAGCUGCCACCGCACCAGGGCCACCAGCUCACUGGCCGUGGUUGGCAGAGCCACUCGACCGAAGGGUUGGUGGGCCACGUCAUGUCCACCGCGAGCAAGCAUGCCGAGACCUGCGAGCUGCCUUACGCCAUGUCGAUGAGCGUUUACCAAGACCAGCUCAGAGCUCCACCUCAGGGCGUCACGGGGGGCUUUCACAACGGAAUGCAUUCCCGGGAAUUUGCAGAGAAAUUCUGCCAAGCCGCCACCUGUUACAAGGAAUCCAAGCCGGCCGUGGCCGUGCUGCAUUCUUUCACUGACGGUAAAUCCAAGCCGUCCGGCCUGGUCCGAGAUAAUACCUCCAUUCUCAUGGCUUCAAUGAAACCAAAGCGAUCCUUUGUAGAGUCCAAUGUGUAGGUUUCCAAUUUUCAUUUUCAUUGCCUCCCCACAGCCACACCUCACCAUUCUCUAUAGUACAUUUUUUAAGUGGUGGACAAAGUUGAAAACUACAGUUUAUAAAAAAAAAUUCAAAUUCUCACUAAACGCUGUUGGUGUAAGCUUUUUUAAAAAGUGAACAUUGACCACAGGCAGUACUGACAUUGGCACUCUCAUGCUCUAUGUAAGACAGGCCGCCCUUGCCUGUUUCCGUCACAAGGGUGCACCCGAGCUGGACAUUACAGAGAAUAACUCACAUGGCAUGUGCAGGACAGUGUAAACUGAUAUAAGAGCAACGCUUUAAAUCAUAAAUUUAUACCUUUCAGGUGCUCACGCAAAAUCGUGUUUUCAGAUACAACAUUUACAAUAUUAAUCAACCGAGGGAGACCGUACAGAAUUCUAAAACUGUGGGCUGUGCCAUUUAAUUUGACUAAAUUAAGUUCAACUGCAGAUGGAGAAGAAAUAGGAAAUGGCCAUUCCUGAGCUUUGAGGAUACUGCAAAUUCUUUGUACAUAUGCAUACACUCAGUGGCCAUUUUAUUAAGUACAUCUAUUUUGUUUUGGGUAGGACCCCUUUUUGCCUCCAGAACAACCAGAAUUUUGUGCCAUGAAUUCAACUAGGUGCUGUGAACAUUCCUAAUGGAUUUUGUCUCAUCAAAGUAUUUUGGCCACACAUUCAUUCUGCGAACCUUCGUUCCACCUCAUCCUAAAGGUGCUCUACUGGAUUGAGAUUUGAGGACUGUGCAGGUCAUUGGAGUAAUCUGAAGUCACGUCAUGUUGUGGAACCAGCUUGAGACGCAUGAACCUGCUGGUUGUACCCACUUGAUAAAGGGUAAACUGUGGCCAUAACGUGAUGCACAUGAUCAGCAGGUAUGUUGUGGCAAUGAUGCUCAGUUGGUAUUAAGGGGCCCAACAUGUGCCAAGAAAAUUCCCACACCAUUACAGCACUACCACCAGCCUGCUCCAUUGACACAGGGUAGGAUGGAUCCAUGUAUUCAUGCUGUUUUAGAAAAAAUAAGACCCUAUCAAGAUUUAGCAGACCAGCUGACAUAUUUCCAAUCUUUAAUCAUCAAAUUUUGGUGAUCAUGUGCCCACUGUAGCCUCAUCUUCCUGUUCUUAGCUGAUAGGAGUAGAACCUGACAUGGUUUUCUGCUGCUGGUUUGACACAUCUGCCCACCUCUCUCAUUAACAAGGUGUUUUUGGCCACAGAACUUCCACCCACUGGACUUUUUUGUCUAUCGCACAAUUAUCUGUAAAAUGUAAAGACUGUACUGCGUGAAACUGCGUGUGGAGCCACCACAUCUGGCACCAACAAUCAUACCACAGUCAAAGUCACUUAGCUCAUGGGUCGUGCCCAUUCUAAUGUUUGAUCAAAUAACUAAACCCCUUCACCAUGUCUGUAUGCUUUGUAUAUUGAGUUGCAGCCACACGAUUCCCUGUUUGAAGGAGCAGCAAGCAAUCUGUGUUAACGAGCAGGUGUACCUAAUAAGGUGGCCACUGAGUGUAUAUACAUAUUUUAAGUGAAGGUCUAUGUCAUUGUCAUUGACUUUUUACAAAAGAAGAAAAAAGUAUUUCUCUUCUAUGUUUGUACAUUGUAUAAAUCAACCUCUGUUUAAAUCGACGUAUCUGUGUGUUGCCGUCUAGGUUAAUUUAUUUACAGUCCCUAUGGCUUUGUCCAUUGUAAAAUCAAUAUUUUAUAGUUAUUUUUGCACAGCUGUGAAGACAUUAAAAAUUUUAAAUAAGCUUUAUUUAGAUUAUUUUGGUUGCUACAGUUGCAGUUUAUAAUAAAGACCACAAAGUCUAUAGAAUGGAUUUGGUGGAAGUGGGGCCAUCAGUUAUAUUUUAUUGUAUGUCAUUUGCAGUUGUUGACUUGUUUCCAGCAUUGUGAUCUGCAUUACCUGUUAUCACAUACUGUAAUAGAACAUUACUGCCAAUAAAGUCCCUCAUUAAUACCAA